AUGAGUUCCCGCGGCCAGACAGUAUGGCAUACGAUCUAUGAGAUGAACAAGUACAGUAGUAAUGGAUAUCUGGCUCUUUCUUGGUUUCCGGGCACUAUUUGGUUCAAGAAGACCUCAUAUGACGCUUGCAACUUGGGGCUAUCCAGUCUGGCGUUCAACAAAUGGCUCAAACUCAAUCCGACGGCUGGCGUCGCUGAGGAAGGAGUUACCAGGCAUGUCGACUACUAUUCGGACUAUCGAAUACACUGGGAUGUCGCACUUUCACCACUCCUGUUAGAAAUAUCGCUAGGCCUACGGAGAGAGAACGGACAUCUUUUGGUCACAAGAGAUCCCGGAAGAAUACUGCAAAAUCUAGCAAACGCCUUGAUUCUCAACCGAUGCGAGCACCCGCCUGAUACCAAACUGACUGAACCGGACCCGGCCGCCCGCUUCAUAAGUCCGCUCAUAGACAGCGAAAUUGCUGAAACGACAGGUGAUCAUGGGCAGGGAACCGAACUUGAAGGUGGCCGUCAGCGAGGCCGUCGUCGUAAGCACAGACGUGCACGUGGACUCAACGUCGUCAAUGUCGUUGCUGUGGACGGGAAUGACGAGAUGAGAUUCUUUGCCCUGUCUGAGCCGCUUGUACCGACGGAUUUGAGCUCUGAAACCCAGUCGUUUGUUAUUCUGCGAAAGGAAGCUUGCCUUGGCUGCUGCUUGAAGCUUGCUCGAGAGGUGGGCUCCAAGGUUGUUAUUCUGUGA